AUGUUUGGAAUUUAUCUUAGAUGUCUCACAGGUCGAAGUGUUGGUCUUGAUAAAGGAAGAUUAGAGGUCUAUGCUAUGGAGAAGAAAAGUUCUAAGCCUCCAAAGAAGAAACAAAAUAAAGAAGUUGUUGUUUCGAAGCCUGAGGAAAACCCAAUUAAACCAGAGUCUGUUGAUCCUACAAAGGAAGCGGUUCCUUCGAAGACAGGGGUGUUUAAACGGAUCAAGAAGAUAGCUCAUAAUUCAAGGAGUUCAUCUGAAAGGUCUCCUAGUUUUUCUCCUUCGAUGAUUCGUAAACCACAUGUUACACAAAAAAGUGUGGUGCUUCGUGAAGUUCCUAUUCCCGUUUCUCCAUUUGUAAAGAAAUGA